AUGACUUUUGGUUCGUUUCUCUUCUCUAAUUCAUUGUUUGUUAUAUAUUUUUUGUGAUAUUUGAAGAAGGGAGUGUGAUUUUGUAUUUUCCAUCUUUUAUCAAAAGGGAAAAAUAGGAUAAUAUAAGAGAUUUUUGAUUAGUUCAAUUUCUUUUGAGAAAUUUGAAAACUUGAUUUUGUCGUGUUGAUGAACAUAAUCUUUUUUUGAAUAGUUUGACCGUUUUUUUAGUUUGAAAAAAAAGUUCAAUUAAUUUUUCUUCAUAGUUGUUGAGUGUUUGAAAAGCAUAAUAGCAUCGGGCUGUCACUUUUUUUUCGCCCUCUUCAAAUUAAAAAAAAACUUGAAGUCUCAUUUUUUGAAACGACCGCAGCGGAUGUAGAGUCAAGAUUUUUCUUUUCGCAGAAGGUCGGUUGAACUUGAGGAACAUUGUGAAAAAAUUUGUAGAAUUUCGUCACUCCAUGUUUCAAUAAUUUUGAAUUUUUCAGCUUUGAGAAUAGUAAGAUAAAAAUCUUUUUGGUCUCCGAAGUUCUGCGAUAAAUUUUUGUAACGGUGAAAGUCUAGCAAGCUUUUUUGAACAGAAUUUCAAUGAAAAAAAUAUCUUUUAAAAAUCAAAUUUGAAAAAAAAAACCAUAUUUAUUUAUUUUUUACAGUAGAGUUUGAAAUAAAUUCAAUAUUAGUAGCGUUUCAAUAGUUUAUAGUAUGCUGUAUCUCACCGACGAACAUAUCAGGAGAGAAGAGGAAGCGAACAAACUCCCAAGCCUGACCCGACAUAUUCAGAUGCGAAGGACGACGACGGAUGUCGAUCCAAGAUGCCGCCGACGAUUCGCCACGGAGAGAAAGACGACGCCCGCGGGCAUGUAGGAGAGGUUGUGACGAGAGAAGCGAGACGCAGAGACAGACGGCAGACGAGAGAAAGGGACGAUGACAUGGCGGCACAACGUACACACAACACACGCUCGCUCUCACCCACUGCGAGUCAGGAAAGUCGGCGAGGAGGACGUGACGUGACUCAUCGCCUCCCCCAGCCGCUGCCGUCGAGGUCGUCGUCGCCGUCAUGGAGCUCGGCCAGGGCGCCUUCAAGACCAAGAAGUCGGCCUUGUCUCUCGACCUCAACGACGAAACUGGCGUCUCUAGCCUCACCGUGACGCCAGGUGAUCGUUUCUAGCUUUCCACGUCGGUUAGAAGCGUGACCGAUUCAUUCUCCUAGGACUAUUUUCCGAAUUUCCAGGACUUUUCAUGGCAAAAUGCUCUUAAAAGAAGCCCUAAACUAGUUAGCCCGAAAUCCAUUCUUCCAAACGGUUUUCUCCAACUUCACAUCGAUACGGCAUUUUAGAAGUUCAGCUUCAGUAUUUUUCCCUCUCAAGAAUAGAUAUACAUACAUAAUAUAUACUGUAUACGUAAAUCGUUUUUAGGUAAUUUUUCUCGGAAAAUUUAUUAAGAGCACAUAGAUAAGACUUCAUUUAAAGUUUUACCUUGAAAGCCAUGUGGUACUCUUACUGAGCCCUUCAUUGUUAAAUUCAUACAUCUGACCAGAAAUUUUGCUUGAAUACUGUUCUGAAGAAAAAUAUAUAUCAUUUUCUCGACAUUCUCGUUCAGUUAGGAAUGUCCUAGGUUCAUAGGCGUAUCCCGAUUUCCAAAAAUUUCACCCGUUAAACACUCUGAGUUAUAGAUUCGCACACGUGUUAGAAGUUCUUUUUUUCUAAUUUUUCAUAAUCUACUCUCGUUUGGCAAUAUAUUCCUCUUAUUUUUUUAUUAUCUUUUUGCGAAAAAAAUUUUUUUCCUGUCCCUUUUUUUCGAGGUUCGAGCUCAUUCGGACGUUCUAUUUUAUUAGUUUUUUUUGGGUUUUACCGAAAUUUAGGGAUUGAGAAGGAUCAUGAAAAGCUUCUAUGAACGAACUGUCAGAAAAAAAAAUACAUAGUUUGUGUCGUCAGUUUCAACAUCACGUUGUUCCAUUAUUUUUAACAAGUUUUUGUUUCCAUUCUUUUGACUUUCUUUUUGAGCAGACGAUUCUGUACUGACUCAUGACUUUUGACCUUUUUAUUCAAUGAUCCUCCCUAUUUAGAGGUUUCGCACAGUAGCUCAAGCGAGUGAUUAGACGCAAUUUUUGGGUUCUCAUUGGAGUUGGCAAGCGUCGUUUCUAUUUGCUCUCGUGAUUCACCACGACGGUCUUUUCUCUGUUCAUCGCGUUAUUCACCACACGGUCUCGUUUUUUCUUCCAUUCUUCGCCUCGUUCUCGUAUUCUCUUCGCUUUUUGUCGUCCUGCCGUUCUCCGCGGCGGAUUGGCAGAUGCGAUCAUCACACCCUGCGGCCAUUCAAUCAAACAUAUCUCCUUUUCUGGCGCCCUUCUUUUUGGCCAACGAAUAGAGAACGUAUACAUUGAUUAUCGGAAAGAUUACACUACAAAGAGGCGUUCCGAAGAAUUUUUUCUCAUUAAGAAAAAUGAUUUCAAUUUCCAUUGUUCAGCCAUCGACAACCUUAGUUCACAUAAGGAACAUCAGGAGGUCUAUCAAGAUUCACUAUUGUUUCUAGCUAUUUGUUAAAAAUCGUUUGCUUAACUUAUACCUCAAAAAAAUUUGAACUUAUACCUCAAAAAAAUUUGAAAAAAAUUUGCAAAAAAAGUUUAUACAUUUCAAAACCUAAAUAGUAAAAAUCAAAAAUAUAAUGUACAAGAGGGUUGUCUAAUCACUUAAUUAUGCAGAUUAAGUUUUGACAGAUAAAAAAGGCGAUUGAAGCCCACGCGAUCCCCUGAGCAGUUAGGAUAAUUAGGCAGUUACAUGGUCAUGAGGCCCAAUUUUCGAGUAAUUUACUCAUUUUUGAAAUUAGCUCGAGUCAGCGCGGAAUUGACAAAUGUUUCUUACAUCGAGGUACGAAUGAAAGUCGACUACUUUAUCACGGCUUUAUUUUUCUCUACUUCUGAUCGGCCACAGAUCACUUGCCCGUUUCCUAUUCCAUCUCAUCUCCUUUUAUUAUUAUUGUCUUUUUGUGAUUUUUCGCGUUUUUCGUGUUUUUAACCUUUUUAAAUCAUUUUAUCGCGCCUAGGUUUGGUUUCUCAAACAUUUUUCAAUGCUUUUUUUGAACAGUAAAUUUUCAAGAACCGAAGCUGCGCGUUAUAAUUGAAUGUAAUCGUGAAAAAUUCAUUUUAUUUCUCAAUUUCAAUUCAAUUAUUCACUAAAUUGAAAAGUAAAAUAAUUCACAUAUUUGUAAAGUAACAUAAAAAAAGGUACCCAAAAUGGUCAAAAUCUAUUUUUUCAUGAAACAGAAAGAAAUAAUUUGGGUAAUAUCUAUUUUUUGGAAUUUAGAUCGUCAUAUGGCACAAGUUGUGAAACUACUUCUACGCAUUUGGAAAGUACAUUGAAAUCAGGUGUUACCUGUAUUUGCUCAGGUUUACGACAGAAAUCGAAAGAAAAAGAGCGAAAGACUCUGCCAACCACUUGGUCAUUCACAAAAUGCGCCAUUUGUUGUUCGACGCAGGGAACUCUUUGCUUCCGUUCGGAGAAUGGCUCGGAAUAAUUGUGCAAAGAACAUAUCUUCCAAAUACGAGUUCGGAAAAAAGAGUCCUUCAGAUAUUGUUGCCCAUUUUUCUUUUCAAUUUUAAUCUUACGACAAAAGAAUUUUCUCCAGUUUAGAAGUUUUGCGAAUGAAUUCCUCGUCAAACUUGGGAAUUGCUGUCACAGCCAAGGUUUUUGAAUUGUCCAUUUCAAAACUACGGCGUUUGUCCGUUUCGCGCCAACCUCUAGUGGUCUUUUUCUUUUAGUUUCUGCCUAGCCAAGUCUAGUUCUCAAUUCAUGUAAAAAUGUUCCCAGCUUGAAAGUUUUACUUUCAAAUAAACUCACUUUUUCGCGUUUCCUAAAUAUUGCAGAAGUCCGCACCUCAAGUGAAAGUCGCUCACUUUUUUCUUUCACAUUAAUAAAAAAAAUUUACUCAUUGUCUCUUUACAUGAAUUUGCAGCUUAAGUUUGAAGAGUGAAAAUAAUUUUUUCCUUCUACGGUUCUGAAUUAUUUUGUGAGUAGGAAAAAAUUAUGAUUUUCGCGUGAGAUUUCACAUUCUGAGAUUUUUCUCAUUUUUCAUUGAUUGGAAAACACGAGAAAAAUUCGCCAACCAUCUCGUAAAUAUUCAUAAAAUGACCCGAGGCAUCAUGAGAAACAAUCAGACAUUAUCGAUUUCCCCGUCUUUUGUUUGUCUUUUCUAUUGAAAGGUGUCUCUCAACAGGUUAUAGAGGAUCUUUCAAAAUAUUUUUUUCACAUUUUUCAACCCAAUUACUUCCUUAUUCUGAAAUUUACUUUUGCAAGUGAGUUUUGAACUUUUCGCCAAAAUUUCAAAAUUUCGAAAAACAUUUUUUUCCUGGCAGAAACUGUUUGCACAAUGUCAGUGACUCUUCUAGUUCCCUCGGAAAAGUGGUUCAUAAUAGUUUCAAAUCAGGCGGAAAAUGCACAAAAUUACUCCGAUUCACGCGUCGUGAUUUACCUGUCGACCUGUGGCCGUUGCGCUUUAACUAAUGCGAAAUUUUGAAACCAGAUUUAUUCGUUUUAAAAUAUUAUAUUUGCAAUGAGAGUAAGAGUAUUGAGAGGAGGGGGAGUUUUUAUCAGGAACGAAAAGGAAUCAGAAAAGCACUAUUUUGUUUUUCAAAGUCCAAAUUGAAAAAACAUUUUUUCUUAUGAUGUUGUUCUAUGCUCCUUUAUAGUCUGUGUGCCUCGACUUGAUAUUUCACCGAAUGGCUUUACGCAGUUCCGCUGCAUGUGCUCGCGAAGCGUCUUUCGAGUUUAGGUCACGCUUUCAAUUGACUAAUAUUGCUGUGGGAGCACAUGAAAGUAGAGUACCUUGAUAAAAAAAUAAAAAUUAAAAAUUAAAAGCGCGACCAAGGUUCGCAAAGGCGUGCAGCGGCACAGCGGAAUGUCGUUUGGUGAAAUUCCGAGUCGUGGUACACAGACCAUAAUCAAUGGAGUAAUAUUUUCAGAAAUACUUGGGACAUAAGUCAAAAAGAAGUUUUUCAGAAUUUGGCUAUUUUUUUCAACGGGAAUGAUGCAAAAUUUGCUUGUUUUCCUACGUCAUCAAGUGUUCUCUAUAUGAAGACUGAACUUCCGUAGCAAAUAUCCCUUUUGCGACGACUCCCAAGCAGAAGUCGGACUGCUCGGCUUCCACGAAAAGGGGCGUACUUGUUUCUGGCCUUUCAGUGGCAGACCUUCUCCCACACUCCGAGGGCCGAGCACACGCUCACUUGAAACUCGUGGAGACUCUCUACUUUUCCGUUUUUUUCUGUUCUUUUCUCCCAGCUGCCCCUUUCUUUUUUUUUUCUUUCGUCACCUAAUAGUCACUUCGGUCGAUAGGUAUUUCCUCGAUUUGAAUUUGAAAGCUCAUUAAGUUGAAUAAACAAAUAUUCUACAACUUUAGCCCGAAUUCGGAGCAUUAUUGGGUCUUCAGGAAGAAGUUCUAGUCAUGAAUAAGUGUUCAAACAAGGUUUAUGAAUUCCUACGGUAACUUGGACUCUUUUUGUGAUAAGCCAGCGAACAAUAGAGCGAGAAGUGUUUUGCCCCAACGAAAUUUUUUCUAACUUUUCUUAAAUUUUGUUUCAUUGGAUCUUUCAAAAAUUCCGCAGAAACAAUUUUUAUGACCAAAUUUUUUCAUUCUCUCUCUCACAAAUUUGACUCGUUUUCAUAGUUAGUUUUGUUUGUGUGCAUUCUCGCGAACUUUCUUUAUUCAAGAUAUGAAUUUUCUUUUUUUUCGGCCUUGUCCUGCUGAAUUUUUUCAAACUUUGCUCAUUCAGUUCUUUCGACUUCACUUUCUUCUGGGCGUCCCAAUCACUGAUAUCUAGGGCCUUGUUCAGCCAAAGAAUGGGACAUAUGACAGGUCAUUUCUCACCAAGAAAAUUAUCUCUAUUUCGCAGUUUGUAAACGCUUUUUUUUCAGAUCAAGCGUUCAGCGACGAUGCGAUGAACGCCCAGAAACAGUACGCUCAAGGGUUCCUCGGUCAGUUUUCGUGUAGCUUUUGUCGCAUUCGACGUUUCUGUUUCCUCAAGCUAUUUCAUAGAAAAGAAUAUUUUCCGCGUUUUUGUUCUAUUGUCUGCUUUCACCCUCUGAAAGCUUCUCAUUCCCUUUAUAGGGAAGCAAAAAACGCUUGCAUUCUGCGGAUCAGACUAGAUAUAAUUGUGCGUCCAAAAUGUGUAGAGGUAGGGUAAAAUACACGUUGAUGUAAAUUACGACUUCAAAAAAAAAAUGCUUCAGCAGCCAUUUUUUGAAUGAAGAUUUGAUGGAAGAUUAAUUUUCAAUUAUACACAGAUAGGAAAAUAAAUACAGGAUAAAACGAAAUACAGCUCCCUGUUUCGCCAUGCGUGUUCGAAACCGCCACAAAAUGCUUUGGUUUUUUGGGGCCCGAUUGGGAUAAAUGAACUUCAUUUGCAUCUUUUUGGUCGUGUCACAAUUUACCCUAAUUCCGGAGUAAUUUUAUUUUUGGCGAGAAAGGACCUUACUCACUGCUUUCAUAUAUCCAAAAUAUGUGUUAACCUCUUCCAGAAAUUUCCCUACAGUAAUCACUCUGAGCACACCAGUGAGUAAUUGCCUUCGAAGACUGAAUGAUAAGCUUUUACAGUCGAUGAUGUCGCAAGAGUAGGAACUCCGACGCUUUCAACGCCUAAAGAUAACUAACGAAAAAACGAAAUGUGCUUUUCUCUACGGUAGCUGCGACCAAGAGUCUCAAAUUCUUGAACUAGAAAAAACGGAAAUAUUUGUAGUCAGAUUUUUUGUAGGCGGACAUAUUUUUUUGAGUUUUGGUCUUUGGCUUUUGCCGAAUGUAUUUCCACCUCUUGGCUGUGGAAUAAUUGAGAAAAAAAGAAAAAAGAAAAGGUUCUUUCCUGUGUUUUCGAUGCGACGCUUCAUCACCACACGCUCAUAAUGUUAUCAUGAUGGUGUCGAUUUGUCAUGCGGCCGUUUAUCAUCGCUUUUUUUUCGAAUUUCGAUUCAAGCCGUCGAUCACCGCACUCUUUUACAAACUUUUUGUGAGCAGAUGGAAUGAUGGAGAAAGUUAUCAAAAUAAUUGUCUUAACUUUAAGAAGGGAAUUUUCUUUUUUUUUUACGGGUUUCGAAGCCCAGGAGAGCAGAUCCCUUUUAAUAUUUUUUUAUAUAAAUUAGAGUUUCAAAACAAAAAAAGAAAUUGAGAAAAAAAGUUGGUCGCUUGAUUUUUUUGAUAUCUGAAAAAGCUAAUAAACGAUAUUUUUCCGGUUUUAAAUUUUUUUAAAAAGAUAUAGUAAUGAGUUUGGAAAUGUCCAGUAAACACAUGUAACGGGCACGAUCUUUGAAGUUUUAAGUGUUUAGUUUGCGUUGAAGUAUUUAUUUCUUCUCGAUCAAUGCUUAUCAAAUGAUUUUACUGUAAAAGUCUUUCUGUGCGCACCAACAAUUGUUAUUUCUCCACAGGGGAUCAUUUGUGGAACCUUUGAAGUUUACGAAAAAUGAAAAAAAUAUAAGGGAAAAUUUAGUCAGAAUUGUUUACCAUAAUUUCAACAAAUUUUAAUUCAUUAGACGUGGAAGCUUUCUAUUAUACCUCCUCGGGCAAAGUCGGAAUGGUGGAUAGUGGCCGCUAAGAGAGAGAAGCUCAAAAAAAGGAGGAAAGGCAGCAAAAAGAGUCCCUUUACCGAGCCUUCCAUUUUUCUAAGAUUUCAAAGCUCAAGAAAUGACAGGAAAAAGAUUUCAAAGUUCAGCGCGCAAUUAAGUUGAUUUUUUUGAAGAUUGAAAAAAAUAUGUGACUGCUUUUUUUCGGCUUCAUUUUUUUCAACCCCUCAAAAGUUAGUUUUUAGUUUUUGACGCAGAAACUUUAGAAAAAAAUAAAAAGACUUGAAAUUUUGGGCAGCCUUGCUAUUUAUGCCCAUUUUGAAGACCUUUUUUGUCUGUUCGAGGGGAAUGUGUUGAAAAACGGCGGUUUCAAAGUUGAUUAUCGUUGAAGAUGCUCUACGGGUGGUGCAGCAGUCGAACAAGUUCGAGUUCACGGGUCUGUCCCCGACGGCGCUUCCGAUGCUCCGAUCGACGCCCGCCGAACUCAUGAGUCCGCUUCUGACGCCAACCAACAGCAGGUAGGCUUUUGACACAUUUGUUCAACUUGUUCAAGCUUCGAUAGGGCUUUAUAUUUUCUUCUUCGAACCUUCGCUUUUGCGGUGAACUUCAAAUUAGUUCCUAGAGUUGAAGAGUAGUUUUUGAUUCAGUUUGGUUCUAAUCUUCAACAGACGAGGUGGCCUUAUCACCUUAUCAAUCACUGAAUAAUCGUGAAUAAUCGAUUUCCAAGUGACGCACGUCAAAUUAUCAUGAGGAGGUAGCGAGGGGAAGCGAUUCCUUUCUGAAGACUGGGGGAAUCUAAAAUAUUUUGGAAACGCACUAUUUUCAUUUUGUGUAGUCUUUGUCUGGUUAUUUAUCUCUCAAAAUGGAUGUUUAAAAAAGAAGCGAGAGGGUUUUUCUUUUUUUUCACGAUUAUCAUUUGAACGGCGUUUUGAUUUACUGAACCAAGCCGUCGUUACAAAAAAAAGACAAAGAAAGGAGCGAAUUGCGAAACCUGCUAGCCAGCGACUUGUCGUUGAUAAAACUUAUUGGACUUUCUUAUCGUUCAUUUUUGCGACUUGGAAAAUGUGGAAAUGAGAGGAAACAAACUCAAAAUCUACGGAUUUUCGACUCUUAUUGAAUAUAAGUAACUGGCGGACACAGAGGCGCUAAAUUAAUUUUUAUAGUGAAAUUUUAUUUCCUAAGAGUAAUUAAUGUUUUGCGGACGUUUGUUUCUUUUUAUUAGGAUUUAUUAUUCCAGUAAUUUGUAUUAUAGGAAAUUAAAGAAGGAAAAAGUUGUUGAGCUAAAAUAUUUUUUUAAGUUUGAAACUACAUUCAACGUCCGAAGGAUUAAUCACCUCACGAUUCCGGAAAUCAUUCAUAAACGUCAGCAUCUCUUCCUCGAGAAUAGGAAGAUUAGAUGAGCCGAGAUUAUCUUCAGAGCAAUAUUCCCUUAAUAUAUUUAUGAUCAGCUCCGAAGUCCUAAGAUUAACGAAAGUUUUCCGAGCCAGGAUGCCCGAAAUAACACUAAGAGCGCUUCGUAGGUGGUUUUCGGUAUAAUUAUCGGUUCCACCACAGAUUCUUCUCGAAAGAAUCGCGCAAUAAUUCUCCUGGAGGAAAAGAAAAAUAACACGAGAUUUCUCUCAAAGCGUUUUUUUGACUACUCCUUAGCCUUAAAUCGUUCUCUCACAAAAUAUCACUCAAUCGUGUCGAUCCCAGGAAUGUUUUUUCUCUUUCGUUCCAGAAAGAUUUACGUGUUCUCAAGGAAGUUUCUCUCAUUAGUCAAGGAUUUGCUUGAGAAAAAAGCAUAUGCCUAUGCAUGGAAGUUAGUUACCGUAGGUUGUGAGAAAAGUCUGAAGUUCGCGAAUGAUGAUAUUAAGUCAAUACAAGGAAGUCUAAAGCCGAAAUGAGAAGAAAUGUUUUGCACCUGCAAAAUUAUGGGAAACGCAAAAUGCCGUUAUUUUCUCAUUAGUUUUUCUUAUUUUCUCAUUAGAAAUUGAGGCUUAGCUCGUGCAGUUCAACUUUUUUAUCGGGCUGAGGGAUCCUCUGAUGGUUAUAUCAAAGUAUUCAAAGACGUGAAAGAUGAGAAUUUUCUCAAAAAGUCGAAAAUGAGCAGAAAUAAUUUCAAAGGCAUAGGGGCAGUAAAAAACCGUGUUUCAGUUCAAAGCAUUACUUUGUAGAGUUUUUCUUUGCGAAUCGAACGGUGAACUUAGAAACGUACAGAAGUUCCUGGUUUUGAAGAGAAAAAAUUAUUCGGAGGGAAGUUUGAUGCCGUGUUCAAAGUAAUUAUGGCGAUUUCAAAAUAGACGCGUUAUUUGUUUGAAAUGAAUUCACGAAAUAGGCAGAAUUGCUAUUCCGAGAAUGGCAAGAAAAAAUGAGUCCUAAAACGAUAUAUCAUUAAAUAUGCAUUUUUACCGUAAUUUCUUCGCGGGAACUCAAAAUUUUGGAAUUAUUUGGGCAUUCUCAGAUCUACUGAAAUUUCAAAUUCGCGCGUAAAACUCACCGUAAAAAUGCGUAUCUAACGAUAUAUCGUUGUAGGACUCACCUUCCCAGAAUACCAAUUCCGCCUAUUUUCCGAAAUCAUUUUAAACGAAUAACGCGUUUAUUUUGAAAUCGCCGAAAUUACUUUGAACACGGCAUGAGAUGAUGGUACGACAUCUCAAGUCCGCAAAUCUCGAGGACCGUAAUCUUGUGUACGCAGAUCUAAAGUCCCAUAAUCUUGGAAACCAAAAUCUUGGAGACCAAAAUCUUGGAAACCACAAUCUUGGAAAGCAAAAAUCUUCCCUUUUAGUCUUCUUUAUUGCACUUUAUCUACUUAUAUUCUCUUGUUUGGAUCACCGAAUACAAUUUCUGAAAAAAUCUGUUCGCAAAAGCGUUGAUUUUUGCUUUCCAAGAUCGUGGUUUCCAAGAUUUUGGCCUCCAAGAUUUUGGUUUCCAAGAUUAUGGGACUUUAGAUCUGCGUACACAAGAUUACGGUCCUCGAGAUUUGCGGACUUGAGAUUUUGUCGUACCAUCCAUGAGAUCCCGCCAAAAAGGGGGUCUUGCAGUAAAGUCGCUCUAUGAACAACACGUAUCGCGAUUUUUCGGAUUCUCGCUUUUUUCUUCGUUUCUUUCAAAUUUCAAUUUUUUCUGCUGUCACCAAAGUUCUUUUUGUCUUAAAAACUUUCUAUUCAUGUGUAGUUUGCAAACUUUGAUCGCAAAAAUGCUUGUCUGGUGAAAAAUGGUGACUUUACACUGGUUUCGAUUGGGAUAGUGAUAUUUUGUGUUUUCUUUAUUAUCGGUGUGUGUUUUUUGUUUGACUAAAUGUUUUUUUCAGAGAAGAAACCUUUAAUUUGAAGCAGAUAUCCGGUUAUUUCUCACAAAAUGCGAGUCUAAUGAGACGUCCGAAACAUCGCCUGCACAGCUAUUGUCCUCAGUUGUCCGUACACCGAUCCAAAGAAUUUUUCAAAUUUAAAGGAAAAGUAAAUUCGCGUUUUUUUCUUCUAAAGUUGUCACAUCUGUAAUUUUUUUGAGUACACCGUUCGAUUCGCAAAGAAAAAUUAUAUAAGAUACUGCUUUCACCUGAAACCCCGUUUUUUACCGCCCCUAUGCCUUUAAGUAUUUUCAUUUUGAAACUUGGAUUUCCGAGUAGCGUUUUACAAAACAAGGCGUUCCCUAGAAAAAAAACAACAAAAUGCCGUAAAAAAAUCUUUCUCAUUUCAAAAAUGCCUACAAACUUUCUUCAAAUUGAGUUCAUUCAUAUAGAACCUUUCUAAUAUUUUAAAUUGCUUUUGAACGAAAGAAGAACAAUUUUAGAAAUUUUCAUAGAUCCUGAGAAUGAAAUAGUUGAUCAUUCAGCAUCAGAAGUGUCAGAAGAACUGAUACUUUUUUUCCAACUCUCAAAGUUUUACUAGAACUAUUCCUCUUUGGAAUAAACUAACUUCUUAUUUAGAUUUUAACGUUACCCCAGAAACUCUUCGUAAAAAGUUGAACGCUCUUCCUUUUGAAGCUUUUCAUGAAAAUAUCCCCUCUCGUCUCCUAUUAAUUUGUCAUAUUUCCGGGUACCUGUCAACUCGUUAGGGUUGACUCUUACCCGUGCACGGACACGCGUGUAUUGUUAUUUCUCUGCCUAUCCUUCAUUUGAUCAUUUAUUCCUUAAUUAUUUUUCUUUUUCUGUUGAAUAACGGCAGUGAAUAAACUAUAUAUAUAAAAAGUAUUUCACGGCGAAUGAAGGGGUGAAAAAAACAAAAAAAUAAUUUUUUUGAAAUUUCAGAUAUCAUUCUGACUUUUUCGAAAUUAAUUGAAACGCUGAACGAGAUUUUACACUUUUUGAAAAUUCGCUCUAUCACCUGAGAAUUCUUUUUUACAAUUUAAAUUGAAGAUUUUCGAUCAAUGACGACUUUCAGAGACAUGCGCGCGAUAAUGUACGGUCUGCUGGGAACUCCGGGGAUGACGGCUUCGCAGACGAAGGUGAUGACGUCAUCGAACGGCGUCUCUCCGACUUCUGCGCCCUGCGGCAACGGCCUCGGCUUGGAUGCGCUGAGUCUACCCACGACUUUGGCUCUAGAGUCGGUGCUUCUUUUCCUUUUUUUUUUCCGAGAUUACGGUUUUGCUUGGAAACAACUUCCUCAUUUUAAAUUUGGAAAUUUCCUAGGAAUGUAUCAGAUGACGUGUUGUAUGGAAAUAUGUAUUUAGAUGUCUCAAGUAAUUCAAAUUUGAGAGAAUGUGGAGUUCGUUCGAAGUUUGCGAAAUUUAUUUUAAUUGAAUAAAAAGUCCUAUAAAAGAUUUCUAAAAAUGUUUCAAAACAACUUUUCUACGUAAAAAAAUAUUUAGUGUAGUUAAAAAUAUUGUGAAACAUUGAGCAGUUUGAUAAAAUUUCGGAAUUAAGCUUUCUCUCGAAAAUGUGUUAUAAGUUUGCCUCUCAGUUAUUUCUUGAUGGUUUUUUAACCGCAAAUGAUAAAAACUUCUGAGAUUUUUGAGGCCCUAUAUAUUACCAAAAGAGUCAGAAUUUUGUAAAGUGGUGCAUUAAUAACCACCUUAGCGUUUAUCCUACGUAUGAUCCGAGUUGGAAACCGAUGACUUUAACUAGAAGAAUCUCUCGAUUUUGAGUUCAAUUGCAGCAACCAAAGUCUUCUGUCGCUUGCCGCCGUCGCUCUUCCGGGACCGCCCAUCUCCACGACGACGACGACGACGUCUUCGCUCGCCUCGUCGCCGACGAUGCCCGUUUCGCUGGCCAAUCUCAGCUGCCUCACCAACAUCGCCACGUCUUCCCUUCCAUCCACGUCUCGGCCUGACAAAUUCAACCUCACUGUUUGUUUUUUUUUUUCUGUCCGGCAAGUUGGCUAAUCUCAUGUUUUUUCUCUGAGUCGAUAGGCCUCAAGUUUCUACAAACCUGUAUAGUUUUGAUACCAGACUUUAGAGACUUUUAGGGUCAUAAUUUUCUUAAAAUCCAUUUUUGAGUCAAAUUUUCUAAAGAGCAAAGCAAAAGUUUUGGAAAAUCUCACAAAAUAGAGGUAUUUUUCUUCUUUCGAAAAAAUCGUAAAUCGUUGUUUUAGCCAAAAAAGAGACAGACAAUAAGACCUGUCCAGUUUUUUUUUCUUCCUUUCGGUUUCGCCAUUUUUUUUCAAGAAAAAAAAGAUACUGACCCGCAAAAAAUUGGCGCGUCCUGUUAGAAUUAGUUUGUGUAAACCACUGAACCCCUUGAAAGAUUUUGCCGACUUUGCCCAAGUUCAUCUUUUUUUCUGAUUUAUGGUUCUUUAUAUUAGUUUUGGUGUUACCGGCUCAACAAUUAAUUUCGUUUUUUUGACACUAAAAUGAUUUUUGAACACCUUAAGUUUAGAGAAUGAAAAAAAUUAUUUCAUCAGUUUAUUUUUUUCUUUGUUUAGAUUUGAGGCUCUUCCGAAUGUUUUUCUAGAAACUUCAGAAUAAGUUUAUAUUUUUUCGAACAAAAUUUGAAAUUUCAAAAAUUAAUCUUCAAUUAUGCUUUAUUUUUGUUUUAUCAAGACGAAUUCAACAUUUUUCAUCAACUCUACUUUUUUUAUACACAGUUAAUAGAUUUAAAAAGAUUUUCCAAAAAUUUCGGGGCAGUAGUUCAAGCGAUGUCCCUGCUCGGCUAUGGCCUGUGACUCGAAAAGAAGAGAUUAUAAUGCAAUAUUCCAUAAGGUGAUUUCAGCCGCCGCAGCUUCGCAUCGACACGGUGGAGGAUUCUGACGCUUCUGAAUCCCGCUCCAGAUCUUCUUCGUCGGCGCCGAGCAGCAAUCGUCGAGAAGAGUCAGUUACUUUUUUCAUUGAGAGGAUUAUUUCUUGUCUUCUACAGAGUUGAAAUGUCAAAGGAAGAAUAAUAAAGAUCCUGCGAUCUUUUUUUCAAGCACUGUUAUAUUUAAAUCAACAUCUCACCUCUACAAGUUUAAAAAGCCCAUUUCCUUUUAGAAAUAACUGGCUUUUUUAUAUCAGACUUCAUGAUUGCCAACAACUUCGUUUUUUCUUCCAAGUUUCAAAGAAUUUAAUCUUCUUCCGAAUCAAAAAGAUUCUAUAUUUUCUCACGUAUGCCUGAAUGAGACUUUUAGAAACUCUAUAGGAAAAAUAAAUCACACAAAGAAUCAGUGAAAAAAGAUUACAUGUAGAUAAGAGAAAAAAAAGUUUCGCAUAACCAAAUUAGAGCUAAUUAAUUAAUUUGUGACGAUUUCCGAAUGGAUUUCAGCGAAUAGACUUUUUCACUCUUUUUUCAAACUUGCUUAUUGGAAACGAGUAAACUUUGCUCAUAGAAACUGUUUUUCAACUGAUUUUCGAUGUUUUCUAGACGUCUGUUAGUCUCCGUAAACAAUUCAAAGCAUGUGUAGCCUGUUUAAAUCUUACGUUUCUUCCUCAAAGACAUACCAAAUCACUCGGUCCGUUCCUGUUAGACACGUGCUGGGUCACCCAGCAAGUCCCGAAUUUUACGAGUUGAAAAAAGUGUCCGCCGCACUAUUUUCGACUAAUUUGAAUGACCAGCUGUUCGCGAAGACUGUGGUCAUUUUGAUAUGGAAAAAAGGUCAGAAAAAUCUCGAUCUUCUUAAAUAAACACUCCUCUUUGAGCGAGUUUCGAUACGAAAAAUGACGCAUGUUUUUUCACAAAUAAGUUGAGUUUACCUAUGUGUAAAUAUGGCAAAAAAUCUCUCAUUGAAGUUUUAUACGCACCCUUUAUUCAGUUUUUCAUUGAUAUACUUUAAAAAUCUAAAAAUUACAAAAAUAAAAAAAAUUUCCUUAUUGCAAUACAAAAAAAGCAAUGAAAAAAAGAUUUGAAUUAAUUUUUUUUCGAAGCAAUAGAAAUCUUUUGACAUAUUAAAAUUCAUAAGAAAUCAAGCUUUUCUGGGAGACCAUUCUAGUUUUUAUAACUUGGAAUAAUUAGGUAUAUUGGACCUUUUAUGUUUACUUUUCAUUUAAUUUAUUCUGGACUGUCAGUUAUCCGGACUUUAUCACGUUUCAUUGCUCCCUCGGGAGAAAGAAGAGAGGAGUCCGACUUGUGAGAGGGAAGAGCCACUGUGGCGACGGUCGGACAGGCGAUGACUCAUCCGCGGAACUCGCCUCUGCGCGACGUCAUGAGUCAUCCUCCGCCCACGCAGAGUCUUCCAAACGCUUCUCCUCUUGCCCAACUUAUUUAUUGUCUUUGCAAGUUCUUUUCGGUCGGUCCAUCUGUGGGAGAUCAAAUCAAUCAAUCAAACAUUUUUUAUUUCUCACACAAAGUACUGAAGUUUACGAAAUGGAUGUAGGAAGAAUGUGGGGAAGAAAAAGAUGGCUGUAAUUUUCGCUUCUCGAAUGAUUUCAAUGGAUAUGUUUGUUAGUUUUCAUCAUCUUCUUUUUUAAAGUUAACUAAAUUUUAAAAAAUGGGCAGACAUAUUGAGUCUGUUCACUUGGAAACUUUCCUUUAACUUUUGGUUCGAGGAAAAAAAUAAAUUUCAAAGGUGGUUUUUAGUCGGAACUCUAUAAUGGGAGUUGAAGCAUAAUUGAUGGCUUCAGAAGAUUUCUGAGAACGCUAAGAUACUAAUCAUUAUUUUUUGGUGACCCGUUUGUAAAGCGUUAUAUCUGAAUUUCGAGGAUAAACCGUAAACUUCAAAAAAAAAAACCUCAACUUUUAAAAAUUUUCUGCUUUAGUUCUCAUUUCUACACACUGUUCCAGUUCAGAACUUUAAAUUAUACAUUCUCAUAAGGUGCCACAGUGCAUAUAUAAUGAAAGAGAGAUGUUGAAUGAUUAUUUGCAAAAGUUGGGGUUUUCGGACUGGUAUAGAUUUUUCAAUAUGAGGCAAGGACAGAGAAACUGAAUUUUAUGUUGGGUCUGGUGGGGAAAAGCCAAAGGAAGGUGGCACCUGGUUUGCGCCGCCGCCGUACAGGCUGCACCUCCAGACCACGCCCACGAGAGUCUGUCUACCCGUACAUAACACGCAGCGCGCCGCACUUUUGGAUUGCAAACGUCGGCCUCUUCGGCUGCUUCGGAACUUCGAACCGAGAUGCAUCACCAGUGGACUUACCCUCAUGGACAGCAGCAUCUGAUCCACCAGCCUUCUACUCAUCACGGAUUCGCCACUCCGUCUCACGCCGACUUUUCCGGAUACUCUUCUUCGGAUGCCAAUCAGAUGUUAGUCACCUUUUGAGCUUCUCCAGCUCCAAGCUUUUCCGACUCACUGAGUUCAUUUAUCAUCAAAUCUCACCUAAUAUGCUCGUUCGACCGUAAGUUUCUAAUGAGAAAAACAUGUUAUGAAAUUGGUGUUCAUUCCUAGCAUUUCAUUUCAACAUCGCCAAAAAGUUUUGAGUGUUUUCAUGUCUUUUCAGUUAUUAACACAGUUUUUCGAGUUAAAAUCAUUUCCGAGGCUCCUGGCAGAUAUGAUGAGUCACUUUAACGCAAACAGUAUAGUUUACUUUUUCCAAUAAUCUCUCUCUCUCUACUUUUUAAAGAACUUUCUUUUAGGUCAGGUAUUCGAAUAGGUAUGUCAACCGUUGAUAUGUUUUUGUGGAAGCGAUAACGAUAACUGUUUUGCUUAUUCAUUAGCUUCUUCUCUGAGUGAUUUCCCGAUAAUCUUAUCUCUCCCACAUUGUAUCAUUUCCGGUCGAUGCCUAUCUCUGCAAGCUGCAACUUGUGCGAGAAUCCGAGUUUCCCUCGCGAUAGCGGAAUUCUUUUAUGUUGGCAAGAGUUUUCGAAUUCUGUGAGAAAUGACGGCGUUGGUACUGUUCACACGUGCUGGCACCUGUUUUUUUUCUGCGUGUUUUUUGCGUGAGAAAAAAAACUCUUGAGAAUUCCUAUUCUUGUUGGAUUCAAAAAUUAAUCUGAACGCAGACAGAACUUCUGACUAUGCAAUUUGAAAUGACGCAGUAAGUAAUCAUGGUUUUCAUCAGACACUCAACUUCUCGAAUUGCAUAGAAUGGAGGGGAAAAAGGAAAACGAACAAAAUCUCGCAGGAACCAUUCAGAAAGUGCAAACUUUACGAAAGGCUGCGGAUUUACAGGGGUGGUCGCUUUCGCAAUAGUCGCCUUCCCACUGAAAAUGACUGUUUUGGGAGAAUGAUCGAUUUGCUAUCUGUUGGGACUGUUUCCAAAGAAAAAAGCUGUCCUCGAAGCUUCGAUUUCCGUCGAAAUCGGGAACAUGUCGAAGAAUCCAUAAGACAGUCAUUUAUUACUCCUUCCAGCAUUCCUUUCACAUAACCAGCUUUUGUGUCAAUUUCGAAAUUAUUCAUCCUAACAUUAGAAAUACUUUCUUAUGAACAAAAUCAUCAAAAUGUAUUAUCUCGCCUUGGGAAAGUGAGAAACUUUUUUUCUCCAUUAAUGUUUUUCGAAAUCCGAAAGACUAUUCCUUGAAUAGUUUAGUUGGGCAAUAAAUUGUCGCUAAAUCCAUUCGAGAGCGACAAAUAAAGGUAGUUUCAAUUAUACUUCAUAAGAUACGUGGAAACUAGAGAGUUAGCAGAUAAAUUAGUUCGACGAAUGUUUUCUACAAAUUAGCGGCGCAUCAACCAUAAAAGGUCGAAAAAAAGGCAGCGCUGCACGAACAAAAGGAGCAUCGAUCUGUCAGCGUCGGCAAGAAGUUUCUCGUCGAGAAGAAAUUCAAAACUCGGUCCCGCCUACUUUUCAAACGAAGUACUGUACGGGACAGCACGACGCCGUGACUCACUGGACGACCGACGCCGUCGCUGCCGCCAAAACCUUCCUCGCACACGACUUUCUCGCCACUUCUCCACCGGUCCUUACUCUGAGCCAACGCGAUGCAACGAGCAGCCAUAGAAAACUUCUACCGGCAGCCGCCGUCGCAGUCGCAACUCUUCAGCGACUACGGCAAUCACUACCUCCAGUAUCAGUUUGGUCAACCUCAUGUCUCGCGCUCUCCGUUUGA